AUGCCUCCUGGAGUGGCCAUGGAGCAGCCGCGCGGGUUGGUGGCCGGCGGGGUCUCCCCGUGGGAAGGCCGGAGGUCGCGAGCCGCCCUCCCAUGCACUCAACAGAGCGCAGACGAAAUCGCGUCUUCCUCUGCUGCCAAGGGGCGUUCCGGAAGUCGAGACGCCACUUCGGACGCAGCGAAGAAGUCCCGAAAAUCCGUCAAGCGCGAAGACGCGCACGCCUCUGCUUUUGCGCCGGCUCCGACCCCUGCGGCGGCUGGCAAUCGCUCGGCUCGCGAGGGCAGCGUUUUGUUUCAUCCCGUGCGCAUGCUCGGGAAAGUGACGGAGGCUGUGCCGUUCGGUUUGGCGAGGCUGGGCACGGAGCACUUUAUUACGUGCAGCACCGGGCGGGCGUUCCAGGUGUUUGAGGGCGAGAAACUGCGACUGGUAUUUUCGAGUCCGCCCCUCGGCCACAAGAUCCGGCACAUGGCCGUGCACCACUCGACGGUGUACACCGCGGGGAAGUACGAAGUGUUUGGAUGGGAGAAGCUGGAGAAAGUGGCGGAGUUUCUACCGGCGAAGCACGCGCAUCGCGCCGUUCCGGACGCCCCCGAGUUCAAACUGCGUGGCCUGCUCGUCCUCGGCGAGUGGCUUCUCACCUUCUCCGGAGUGGAGCUCUGCGUGUGGAACCGGCUAUCUGGGGAGCUCGUUCGCCGUUGUGAAAACCGGGAUUUCUUCGCUUCCGCCGCGGCCGCGAAAAGGCGCCUGCCGCUUUUCACCGCGCUCGUGCACCCCCCCACAUACCUGAACAAAGUGCUCGUCGGAUUCGACUCGGCCGCCCUGCUCCUCCUCAACCUGCGCACUGGGCAAGUCGUCCACCAGCUCAAAUGCCUAGACACCUCGGCGCCGGAUGCGGGGGAAGGUGUGCAGGCGCGCAGAGCCGGCACUGGUUCCGAUGUGUCAGAUUCGGAGGAGGACAACUCAUCUGCCGCCCGCGUUUUCGCUUCCCUCGCUUCCUCGGCUUCUUCUGCAUGGGGCGCGGUGACAGUUGCCGCUCUCAGUCCGGAGCCCGACGUCGUCGCGGUCGGUUUCUUGUCCGGGCGAAUCGCUGUCGUGGACCUGCGGCGCGACGAACUCCUCCUCGAGUUCGCUCACUCGCCUGCGCAAGGCCCCGUCCUCGCCCUCGCGUUCCGGAACGACGCAUUUGCCUCACAGGCCUCUGUGGACGCUGCAGACAUGCGCGCCGUGCUUGUGAGUGGAGCAAAAAACGGUGACCUGGUCGUCUGGAGCCUCGACGGAGGCAGGUUCCUCGGCUCUCUCGACAAUGCCCACGAGGGGCCGAUUCGCUCGCUCCAGUUCUACGCCGGACAACCCAUUUUGGUCUCUUCGGGCGAGGACAACAGUUUAGUUAUGUGGAUCUUCGACCAGCCCACGGGCCUGCCUCGAGAGCUCAAGUCUCGUCGUGGCCACAUUGGCCCAGUCGGGUUUAUGAGCUUUUACGAUGGCAUCCAGGAAGGCACGGAGCUGCUGACAACCAGCACUCUCCGAGGCUGCGGCCGCGUGGCUCGGACGUCCUUGAUUCGUCACCAACAGAACUGCGUCUUCUCUGCCAAGUGCUUCCGGAAGAAAGCUAUCGAGUGGGGCUUUCGCUCCAAGCGCUUCCCCCCGGCAGUGACGGACAUCGCGUUCGCGUCCUCUCGCCACUUCGACUGGCCAAAUGUGGUGUCUCUCCAUCGGGGGGCGCACGCGGCACUCGUUUGGAGUUUCCAUGAAAAGACUCUGACGCCCACGGCCCUGCGCGUGUCGCGCCAUGCCUCGACGCCAGCGACGGCAGUGGCUGUGAGCGGGUGUGGAAACUUUGUCGUUGUCGGCUACGCCGACGGCUCUCUGCACAGAUUCAAUCUGCAGUCUGGGAAACAUCGAGGAGCCUUCGCAGGCCCCCGAACUCGCUCCCACGGGACCGGAGCCGCGACACCCGCCGGAAUUCAACGAGCCAUCUGCGCCGUUGCCAUCCUGCACUCCUCAACUGUCGUCGCGGCCUCUUCUCAUCCUUCCGACGUGGCUCUGUCGCUUCAUUCGCUGACGACGCAUGCGUUCGAGCGCCGACUGCAGCUGCCCACGUCGCGCGGGCCAAUUGCGUCUUUCGUCGUCUCUCCGAAUUCGUCGCUCCUCGCAGUUUCCACGCAAGAAGGGGCGGUGUUUCUCGUGGACAUUCUCUCACACACAGUCAUCCGAACGAUCUACAAAGAAGGCGCUCCUGCAGCUCCCAGCGCGAUUGCCUUCUCGCCCGACGCCCGCUGGCUGGCCGUCGCCUCCAGGCCCGGUGCCUCGCAGGGCCCCACCCUGUACAUCUACGACAUUCUGAGCGCGACAGUGAUUGACUGGAUGCGCUUCAAGAGCCCCGUCCUCGCCCUGACUUUCGACCCCACGGGGACCUUCCUUCUCACUUCCCACGAGCAUGCACACGGCGGUGUGUUCGUCUGGGCGAACAAGCACGCGUUCGAUCCGGCGUUGACGGCGCCGCUGCUGCAUGCGUCUCCGUUGGAACCGCUUGACGUGGAGGACCCAGUGGUGGAGGUUGCUGGCGAGGGGACAGAAGGAGACACGGAGACACAGGAGGCCGCGGAGCCUUCGAGGAGUUCCCUCCUUUACAAGACAAAACGCGCGCCGCUCUUUUCGGGGGCCUUUACGCUGUCCUCUGUGCCGCCAGCGAAACUCCAGGCGAUCGUGUCUAUCGAGGAAAUUAAGGAGAAGUGCAAGCCGGUGGAGCCCGUAGCGGCGCCGGUCUCUGCGCCAUUCUUCCUUCCGACCCGCUACGAGGGUACUCAGGCGAAGUUUGCACCGGCGGAAGAGUCUGCGAGCAGCGACGGGGAGGCGACAGGUCUGGGCGAGGACGCGGUCGCCUUCUUUUCGGGGAAAAAAGGCACUCAGGGAGAGGACGAAAAGAAGCCGAGACAGAAGAUUUUCGACAACGGAAGACUCGACGUUCGGUCCGAGCUUCAGAAGCUCCUGGCUGUCUCGGAGGCGGAGAGUCCAAAGGCGAAAGAAGAGCGAUAUCUGCAGAUUCUGAAAUAUCUGAAGAGCCUGUCUCCCUCUGGGGUCUCCCUGGCAGUGCACCAAAUCGGCAUGUUGGCUGGCGGCUCGGACCAAGAGAUUGAGGAGAUGGUCCGCGUCUUCCACUACCACGUGAAGAGGCGCCACGAAGCGGACCUCGUUCAGAGUCUCUUGAAUGUUUUCUUGAAAGCUCACGGGGAUGUCCUCUUGAGCGCGGCGCCUGAUUCGGAUCUCGCGGCUUUGGUCGCCGAUCUAGAAAGGCUGCUCCGCGGCGACUGGCAGACGCUGGAGGAGCAAUUUGCCCUUCUUCAGUGCCACCUCAAAUUCCUCACGCACCUUCAGAUGGAGUAAAAAGAGACGGAACAGGGAAAAGAAGGCGUCUUUAAACUGAAACAGAGAAGAGAAGGAGGACAGAGUGUGAAGGAAAGGCCCUUUAUGUGGAAUAAAAAGAAGAUGAGAAGACAGACAGUAAAUGACGAGAGGAGAGUGUAGAGAGGAACGAACCCUACAGCAACGCGGCAGCAGGACACAGGGUCAAAGGAGGAUAUGAAAGGCGGCGAUAGAGGGAGGUGACACGUUUUCAAAGAAGGCGAAAAUACCGCUCGUUUGAGAGAAUCUUCCGAAAGGGAAGGACGUGCGAGAGCAAAGAGUGCUCUCUUUGUUAGAGAAACAGAAGUUGAAAACCUGGAAGGUCACUGAUGCACGAAGAACACGAGAGCUGCGGUUCCGGCUUGCAACUUAACUGCGAAAACGGCAGGAAACGUCACGGUUGUUUCUCUGGGUGGCGGCCGAACGAGCGUCUAUCUGUACAGCCCGUCGACAAAUGCGAAUGGCAGUGAACUGAACGCCAGGACCUUGUCUACACAGUUUUCGGUUUCUAUACUUUGUGUGUGCGGCUCUUUA